AGUCGCAAUUACACUGGAGCGAGCGAACACAGCCACUUAUGUAAGGAAAUCCCACUUGAUGCCUCCAAGUGAGACUGCUACACACCAGCUCGUCUUUCUUUAGCUGCUGCCCAGAGCACGCGUGUCUUCAGCAGACAGACGAACCAAUACGUGGGGAUUUAACGUCAUUUCUCACUGAUUUCUCGCGGGAUUUUGUGUGGACAUUCACAUGUUUAUGAGGGAAUAAUUUCGCCUUUUUGUUUUCACGAGUCAGCAAGUUCAGAUGUGAUUUUUACAAUGGGUGGCAACCACUCCAAGUCCAAAAAAUCCAGCCCUGACAUUGAGCAGACGGGAGACGCCAACACACCUAAAGGUCUACAAAGUAAAAACAGUGUCAAAAAGAAGAAAGGAAACAGGAACAGCGUUAAAAUCAAAACGGAAAAAAGGACCCUGAAAAAGCAAAAAUCUGUUCGGGGCGCGGACUUUGAAAAUGUGAACCCUGGCGAUUGCCAGGCGAAUCACAAGUUCAACUCCACCGUCUACAGGAAAAAGUCCUCCUGCCCUUCCUGUGACGCCAAGGACACUCUGUUGGGGAAAAAUAGGUCAAGGUCAGGCUCGGAUAAAUCCCUCCGUUUCAGUGAUUUUAACAAAGUUUUAAGACGAACCAAAAUCUACGACUGGGAGACGUCACCCGUGGAGAUACCUUUAGACGGUGUACCUGAUCCAGAGCCGGAAGAUAUUUGCUAUGUGUGUGGCGUGUACACCGGGCAUCACGUGAGGAUAUGUCGAGUGUGUCUGAAGGCCUACCAUGACGGAUGUCUACAGAAGAUCGGCCACCCGCUCAAUGACAGGGCCAGGCAUCUCAUCGUCACUGGCCAGUGGAGCUGUCACCAGUGUGUGGCGUUGAACCAUCUACUGACCCAGGAAGAGGUCAAAAAGGUCAUGGAAGACCUAGAAGACUACGACAUUUCGCGAGAGAAGAUAUCUGAACAAGACUACCUAAGUUACUGUAAACAAUCUCUAAUCAAGGAGGGUAAAAUAUUCACUGCUGAGAAGGAGUUGAGCAGUAGUGAGAGAUUUCGUAUGGCAGCCCAAUCUGGCUAUAUUAGCUGGAAUGAUUUCCUCAAUAUUGAGAGUAUCAGGAUCCUCAACAAACGAUGUAAGGACUCCCUGGUACACUUGCUGACACAGGCCGAGAUAGCAGAGGCCAGGAAGGCGUUUAGACAGCUAGACAAGCAGGGCAUUGGUCUGGUGUCCAAGGCCGAGGUCCAGCUGUUUUUUGACGGAUCCAAGUCUCGAGUCAGCACCUACUUCCCCGACAACAGCAUCAUCUACAUAGACGAGGAUUUAGAAAGCCCCGUGACGUGGCCCGAGUUUCUACGUGACCGGGCCAUCUACUAUCUGGGCCAGCGGCCGAACCUGGGCAAGUACGCCAGCAGCGACAACAUCGACAAAAACGAGAGCGCCAUGUCGCCAUCCUUCCACUCGCUAGACGACGACGAUGACUACACCACCUGCGCCUCCGACACGGAGCCGUCCGCUAAAGGCGCCCUCAUUCCGCCCUGCACCAACUCCUUCAGCGACUCGGCCGACGGCAACAUGCCAAUGUUGACCACCACCAGCACCAUGCUGGAGGACUUUAAAGCGGAAAUGGAUAAAUGCUGCGAUAGACAUAAGCUCAGCAUAGAUCAGCCUGACCUUGACCUAGAGGUGAGCUCUUGUUGUGUCAAUGCUCAGCCUCACCUUGACCCUGACAAAAAACUUGACAACAAAAAUAAAGGAGCAGACGAACCCAGUCCAAGACCCGCAGACGAUCACUCACUCAGCGCGUCACCGCAGAGACUGAGGCAGUCGCCCUAUAAGAACGAAGGGAGGCACCAGCCAAUCCCGUGGGAGGAUCUAGGCAACAAGCCGCAGCAGCAGACGACAGAUGACGCAUCGAAGCAGAUGAACAGACGAUCGGAAGUCAUCCAGCGGAGACAGGUGGCGGUGACCAAUGCGCGCGCUGUGUCACAACUAGGUUGCAGGCCAGGCAAGAACGUCAUGGCCCCAGCCUAUGGGAACUUGGUUGGAAGAGUAAACAGUGGGGAAUGGGGAUUUUAAAUCAGUACAGUGGAGAAUGGGGAUUUUAAAUCAGUACAGUGGGGAAUGGGGAUUUUAAAUCAGUACACAGUGGGGAAUGGGGAUUUUAAAUCAGUACACAGUGGGGAAUGGGGAUUUUAAAUCAGUAUACAGUGAGGAAUGGGGAUUUUAACUCACUACACUGUGGGGAAUGGGGAUUUCAAAUCAGUAUACAGUGGGGAAUCGGGAGUUUAAAUCAGUACACGGUGGGGAAUGGGGAUUUUAAAUCAGUAACAGUGGGGAAUGGGGAUUUUAUAUCAGUACACGGUGGGGAAUGGGGAUUUUAAAUCAGUACACGGUGGGGAAUGGGGAUUUUAAAUAGAUACACAGUGGGGAAUGGGGAUUUUAAAUCAGUACACAGUGUGGAAUGGGGAUUUUAAAUAGAUACACAGUGGGGAAUGGGGAUUUUAAAUAGAUACACAGUGGGGAAUGGGGAUUUUAAAUCAGUAUACAGUGGGGAAUGGGGAUUUUAAAUCAGUACACAGUGGGGAAUGGGGAUUUUAAAUAGAUACACAGUGGGGAAUGGGGAUUUUAAAUCAGUACACAGUGUGGAAUGGGGAUUUUAAAUCAGUACAUAUUUAUGUAAACACUUUAUUUAAUUUUCUGCUUAAUCAUCAUGUAGACAUCAUGGUGACCUCAGUAUGACUGCCAUAUAAAUAUAAAUAAAGAAUUAAAGAUUCUUAAAAUGGUUAAUAAUUCAUUUGAUUUCCAUCUUUAAGUCUGGCAAACUAUUGUAAAUUAAUUAUAUACAAAACCGUGGGCCUCUCCUAAUUCAGUAAUGUUUACUUUAUAUUUUAUUUUUGAUA